AACCCAAACCCAAACCCAAACCCCCUGAACUUCUAUAUCAACCAAAGACGCCCUUUCUCGUUCUUUUGUUAUAGGCUUAUCCCGUUUCUUUCUUCUAAAAGCGUCCCUCUUUCUUUCUCCUCCUUUUGUAUGGCCUGAGCCUGAGUAUCACAUUUAGGAUUCACCGCUAAUACGACGUCGUAAGAUGUCUCGUUCCUGCUCUCAGUGCGGAAAUAAUGGCCACAACUCCCGCACCUGCACGGAGUCCGGUGCUGCCGGCGCUGCGGCCAACGACAUCAUGCUCUUCGGCGUCCGUAUCACGGAAGGCGCGUUUAGGAAGAGUGCUAGUAUGACUAAUCUCUCUCAAUACGAACAGCCUCAGGACUCCAACGCCGAUGCUGGCUAUGCCUCCGAUGACGUUGUUCACGCCUCCGCCAGGAGUCGUGAGCGCAAGAGAGGAGUCCCUUGGACUGAGGAAGAACACAGGCUUUUCUUGCUAGGUUUGCAGAAGGUAGGUAAAGGAGACUGGAGAGGAAUCUCUAGAAACUUCGUCAAGACACGGACUCCUACUCAGGUGGCUAGCCAUGCUCAGAAGUACUUUCUCCGGCGGAACAAUCAUAAUAGGAGGCGUCGCAGAUCUAGUCUCUUCGACAUCACCGCCGAUACGUUUAUGGGCUCUACAAUAUUGGAGGAAGAUCAGGUCCACCAAGAGACCGUCUCUCCGCCUCAGUUACAUUCACAUCUAAAUGGCAGUGCCGGAGGAUUUCCGGUACCAACAUUUCCGGUGACGAUGGCUCCGGUAGUUUUACCAGUGGCUAGCAAUGGCUCGAUGGAGAUUCUGACGCUAGGGCAAAGCAAUCAAGCAAAGGGGCCGACCAAGCUCAUCCGUCCCAUACCGAUUCUUCCAGUUCCACCAUCUUCAAAAAUGGCAGAUCUGAAUUUGAACAUUCCAUCCACGGCGGAUCCCUUGCCUCUGUCACUGAAGCCGUCCUCGUCAACCUCCACAAGUCCGCAGUCACCUACGGCGACGAGGCACUCCUCAGCUUUUCAGGCUGUGUCGGAGAGCUUCAACAGUAGUACUGGCGACAACAUCAUUAGUGUCGCGUAAAGGUUAUGAUCGUGUAUGUAAAGCUAGCGUCAAGGUGCUGUUGGCUACUUGGCCUUAGAUUGAAUAGAUGGGAUUGGACGCUCAAAACAAAAAGUAAAAAAAUAGGUGUUAGGUGAUUCCUUGUUUGUACAGAGUAGGGAGAUUUAAGAAAAAUGAUGCUCUAUCUUUUAGGUGUGGAGAUUCUUGUUUAUUUUGUGUGGUUCCUUUCGGGGUGGUGAAGUGAUAGUAGUACCAGGUACUCUCUGUCCUUGGAUCUGAUUGUUUGCUAGGAACUUCAACUAGGUAAAAGUAGGGGAAAAAUAUUAUAUUCUCUUUAUGUGAUUUAUUUUUCUAUCUACCUGGU